UGGAACAAUAUGCUGUCCUGCUAUCACUGCGAUGUUAUCGCGAGGAACACUGAUGAUGCUUCUGGGGGUGGGUGGCAUGAAAAAGCUCUUUAUGAAAGCCAUAAAAACGUCAAUUAUUUCGGAUUUUGAUCUCACAUUUCAUUGUGAGAUAUAGUUUGUUGCUUUGUAUCUGUGGAUGACGCUGGAUCACAAUUUCAGCACCUGGACAGUUCCUGGUCAUUAACCUAUACAGGACACAUGGAGUCCAUAACGUGUUUAUGGGGAAACCCUGUGAGCAGGCGCGAUUUGUGCACUAGAAUGCACUAGAACCUCCUUCCGUUACAAAGAUGCCAUUAUCUGAUUAUGUGGAUAGUGGUGGACAUUUAAUAGCACCUUCGUGAAGGAUGAGGCUUGCAGCAAGGAUCGGGCUUUUUCGUUGUGCCCUGUAUUCUAAGCAGCAGCACGGGUGCUUGGCCAAUGCAAAUCUGGAGAGGAUAGCAGCAGCCUACACACAGCAAGAACCGAGCCUCGCUCACACUGAUCAUCGACAAGGGAGACAUUACCAUCAUCAUUAGGAGGGCAUGGGAGUCACGACCAUACUUUCAACAAUGUAGAGCAUUAAAGGUGUGAUAUGAGCCAAGUCUCUAAUCUCUGGUGAAAUCAGGAGUAACAAUCGUGUCGACGUCCAUUCACAGAAACAACACAGCAACAUGAGCAAGCCCCAGGCCCCUCCCCAGGCCCAUGCCAGAGCCUCAGAGCUGGAGGUGAUCUCCCAGCAGGUGGAGGAGGACAACCAGUGUCAAAAUCCGGUCCAGCUAGGCAGCUUUGCUUACAGAGACCUGCCUCUGGCCGCACUGGACAUCUCCCUGGCCGGUUCCCAGCUCAUCUCCAACCUGGACGAAGAGGACAACAGAGAGGGGUCUAACUGGCUGAAGCCGUGCUGUGGGCGGAGGGCAGCCCCGUGGCAGGUGUGUCUGCUGAGCGCUGGCUUUAACUGUUUCCUGGUGGCCUGUGUCAUCCUGGUGGUGGUGCUGCUGUGUCUGGAGCUGCUCAUCGACACCAAGCUCCUGCAGUUUAACAACGCGUUGCAGUUUGCCAGCAUUAUCCACUGGAUCAGCCUGGUCAUUCUGUCUGUGUUCUUUGCUGAGACGGUGUUCAGGAUUGUGGUGCUGGGGAUCUGGGAUUACAUUGAGAACAAAGUGGAGGUGUUUGAUGGUGCAGUCAUAGUGCUGUCGCUGGCCCCCAUGGUGGCCUCAACGGUGGCCAACGGCCCCAGCAGCCCCUGGGACGCCAUUGGCCUCAUCAUCACCCUGCGCAUCUGGAGGAUCAAGAGAAUAAUCGACGCCUACGUGCUGCAGGUGAAGGUGGAGAUGGAGAUGGAGAUCCAGCAGUAUGAGAAGGCCAAGGCUGUCAGGGAGGAGCAGCUGGAGAGACUCACCCAGAUCUGCCAGGAGCAGGCAUUUGAGAUCAGGCAGCUGCGGGCCCAUCUGGCUCAGCAGGAUUUGGACCUGGUAGCAGAGCGAGAGGCUGCCAUGCAGAUUCACCAUGUGUGGGGCAAGCAGUGCAGUAUCUUUCAGGAGGUGGACGGCCUAGCCCCUAGGGGCCCCGAGCAGCGCAGCCAGGCUAAAGCCAGGGAGGCAGCAGGUCCUGGAGAUCAUGUUGUUCAAGACGACAUGAACAACUACAUCAGCCAGUACUACAGUGAGGCAAGCAGUGAUAUUGGAAUCCCAGAUCCAGCUCGUGUCAUCACCGCAGCCAUAGACAUCCAUCUUCCCAACAACCCCAGCCAGCAGCCCUCGUCUCUGGUGAGUGCAGAUGCAGUGUCCAGCCGCCUGCAGCAGACAGGCGGCUCUGUGAGCGAGGCCUCCAACGCCACCAUGUCCCACUCCAGCUUCAGCGCCCGCCAGCACAGCAUCAGCAGCCACACCCUUGGCUCCACCACCGACUGCAGCUCCACCGUCCGCGAGGCUUCCACCUCCACAGACUCCUACAGUGGCCAGCGCUGUUACCCACCACCCUACUGCAGCCCCCUGGCCCUGGGCACACAGCCUGGCCCCAGAGGACACCCCAGCGCCGUGGUGCAGGAGUUGCUCUCCUCGCUGUCUGAGGACUCUUGUCUGGGCCAGAAGGGCCUGGACCCUGUCAACCUCAAACUGCCCAGCCCUGCUGGCUCCACCAAGACCAGCCCUGAGCUGGAGCACAGGCUCAACAUCUACAACAAGAGGAACCAGGAGAGCCGAGGAGGCUUCCACACGAAGCCACUCAUCCACCUGCAGGCCAGCGAGCCCUUCAUGGAGGAGAAGUACAGGCUGUCUCAGGCAGAUGCCCCCGUCAACCGUCUGCCUGAGACAUAGGAAAGGGCUACAGGGGUACUGUAACUCUCAGACAGCACUGACUCACUCCUCAAAGACCCUCCUGGAACUCACUAACACUAAAGACAUGCACUCAGAGGCCUCCUCCACUGGCAUACAGCCAUCCUCCUCAUCGCCAAAAGCACCCUGGAACUGUGAAUGGCGGCUCCGCCAGCAGCGCACAUCUUCCAUGGAGGACAAUAAGGCAGUUUAGUGAACACGCAAUGAACAUUAUCAGGAAUUGACACAAUAAAUGAGUAUAUGAACAAGUCACAAAAAGAAACCAGCAAUGGAGCAUUAGCCCCAGCUAGGAGACAGCAGGGCUUUGCAGAAAUGGGACUGGCUCUGAUGCUUUUACAGUGCCUUCAGAAAGUAUUUACACCUCUUGACUUUUUCCACAUUUUGUUGCGUCAUUGGCCUACACACAAUAUCCCAUAAUGUCAAAGUGGAAUUCUGUUUUUAGACAUUUUUACAAAUGAAUGACAAAUGAAAAGCUAACAUUUCUUGAGUCAAUAAGUUUUCAACCUCUUUGUUAUGA